AUGAUCUCUUCAGGACCUCCGGCAGUCUACCAGCUGAAAACAAAAAAAGAAAAAGUUGAAAAUUUGGUCAAAAUCACUUUAGGGGACAAAAAUGAGGACCAAUCAAACAAAACCGUCCUUCUAGUCGGUGAAACAGGAGCAGGAAAAUCUACCAUGAUCAACGCUCUGGUCAAUUACACUCUGGGAGUAAAGUUUGAGGAGGAAGUUUGGUAUCAGAUUGUGGAAAAGGAGGAGGAAGGUCAGACAUCAGAUGUGAUCGUUUAUCAGAUCUUUGGUUUUGAAGGCCGAACUCUGCCCUUCUCUUUGACCAUCAUCGAUACACCAGGAUUUGGAGAUGCCAGGGAGAUCAAAUGUGAUAACAUUGGUAAAAAAAUCUUUGCCUUGUUUCGAUCAGAGGAUGGAGUUCAUCAGAUCAAUGCAGUGGGUCUGGUGAUGAAGGCCAGUGAUAACCGACUGAGUGACCGACUGAUGUACAUCUUUGACUCAGUGAUGUCUCUGUUUGGAAAAGACCUGGAGAGAAACAUUGUAGCUCUGAUCACUCACUCUGAUGGAAGACCACCCAAAAAUGCUCUUCAAGCUCUGGAAGCAACAAAUAUUAAAUCCUCUACCAAUGAGUUUAGCUACUUUCUCUUCAAUAACUGCCAGCAUGAAGACAGAACAAAGGACAGAGUGUUCCUGGUACGUGCCAACGAAACAUCACUUAAAGGCUGCAAAGGGUUCACAGACUUUCUGGAUAAAACUGAACCUCAACCACUGAUGAUAACUGUAGAGGUUCUGAAUGAAAGGAUCAGACUGACGGCCUGCAUCCAGAACCUGAAGGAGAGAAUCAAGCUGAAUGAAUUGAAGCAGAAAGAAAUCAGACAGAUCAAAGAGGAUUUGAAUAAACAUGAAGAUGAGAUGAAGGAGAAUAAGGAGUUCACGAUAGAAGUUGAUGAGCCCUACAAAGACAAAGAACCAAUCAAAGGAGGAAUGUGGUGGUUGGUGUUUUAUGAGGGAGCUGUCACUUGUUCUGUCUGUGAGGAGAACUGCCACUAUCCUAGAUGCACAAUGGCCUGGUAUCCAGCACUCUGUCAGGUCAUAAAGUGGGGUCGCUGCACAGUUUGUACCAACAAAUGUCCUGCAUCAGAUCAUGUCAAAGAAAACUGGAGAUAUGUGACAAAGACCAGAAAAGUUCAGAAGACCCUGGAGAAAGCAAAGCAGAAACAUGAUGAUGACAAAGCAGAAUGUGAGGAAAAGUCUAGUCGUUUGGAAAACCUUGAAGAGGAAACCAUCAAACUGACAACAGAGUGGUCGAUGCUGCUGGAUGAGGCCUACAGUCAUGUUAUCAGACUGGAAGAGAUCGCCCUGAAAGUCGACUCAGUGUCAACUUUGGUUCAUUUGGACUUCAUGAUAGAAAAGAUUAAGGAAAAAGGAGGCCAGGAGAAUCUCCUGAGUCUUCAGGAGAAGGUCAAGAAACUGCAAAAAAUAAAAAGUCAAGCGAAUAAGGGAACCAAAGCGGCACUAGGAUAUGCAAAAAUCUAUUCACCAAAAUAA